GAAAGAGCUGGAGAAGAAGAAGCAGAAGAAGCAGAAGAAGCAGAUCAGACUGGAGCUCCAAGAUGUCUGAGAGUGUAAAGCAACAGGAGCCUGUUGCAGAGGCAGCGCAGGCAGUGCCAAAGCCCAAGCCAAAGGGAUACACCAAUCCUGCGUUGAAGAUGAUGGGCAUCAACAACAUUCGUCUUCCUUCCAGAAACUGGAUGGUGUUCUGGUCCCUCUGUGGUGCCAUUGGAGGUGGGACAUUCUACAACUACUACCAGCAGAAGAAGGUUCGUGAGAAGUGGACGAAGUACGUCAAACCAUAUGGCGACAAGUCUUUCCAGUUGAACAAUUUACCACGAACAUUGACGAUAUAUGUUGCACCACCCCCAGACGACUAUUUGGACGAAAGUCUACUGGUGUUUAGAAAGUACAUCAAACCGAUUUUGAAUGCAGCAGCAGUUGAUUUCAUACUAUUUACAGAAUCAAGACAGGGCGAGAUUCGUUCCAAAGUCGCCCAGGAUAUCAGAGACAUCAGAAAAGAGAUAAUUCAGCUUGAAAACGAUACAAAAGAAGCUGAGAGGAUUCGCGAGAAAGAAAACAGUAUAUUGAAUAAACCAGUCAAGUUUUUCAAAUGGUUGUUCUUUAAUGGCCAUAAAAAGGUAAAAAAAAGCGAAGAAGAAAUUGAAAAGGACAAAAGAGAAGAGUUUUUGCUCAGAGUUAAAGAUGCAAAGAAUAUUCUAGGGCUAUAUUACAAAAACCGGAAUGAAUUGAUCAACAAGCCAGCUGUUUCUGAGGAUUCAUUGGUUGAUGAAUACGAACCAUAUAAUACUGGAGGAGUACUAUGCAUUGGUAGAGGUGCGUAUAAAGAAUAUAUUAUAGGACUACAAGAAGGGCUACUAGGACCGUUGGAGAAUCCUCAUGCUGAAAAAACAGUUGGAAUUGAAGAUAAACAGGAAAACAGAAUUGAAGAAGUUCCAGAAGUUCCAGAAGUUAAAGUGUUAAGUUUGGACGAUAUUAAGAGUCCAAAUAACGUGGAAAUGCCAACUAAUAUUUCUGAAAUCAAAUCUGAAAGUAAAAAUGAUACCAAUGAAAGUAAUGAUAUUAAUAAUACUAAUGAUACUAAUGAUACUAAUACUAAUACUAAUACCAAUGAAACCAACAAUGAAACUAAUAAUGAAACUAAUAAUGAAACGAAUAAUAAUAAUAACAGUAAUGAUAAUGAAAAAGUAGAAGAACUUACCGAAAAACAGAAAGAAGAAGAAAAGAAAAAACAGAAAUUGAUACCAUAUAUAACUAGAGAAAAAUUCGAGAAUGAAGGAGAAUUUCCAAAAGAGUUGUCAAAAUAUUAUGAAAACAACAAAAUCAAGAAAAUUAACACAAAAGACAAUAUUCCACCUUUCUUUCAACAGCCAGUUUCGGUGUUCCCAGUUUAUAACCUAGUCGGUAUCACCACAUUCCCCAGAAGAAUUUACAGAUAUUACAACAAGCAUAAAUUGAUGGACAGAUAUGGUGAAAUGACGGCUAAAGUAAUUGAAAAGAGGAUAAGGAAGUUUGAUGCCAGUGUUGAUAAAUUCAGUGCAAUUGACGAAGAAGAAGAUUGGUCGAAACGAUGGGUGAAAAGAGGAAUCGAAAACAACAGCGAGUGGCUCCAGGACUUUGUUAUCGACGAUAGAGUGGCCAAUAAGUUAUGGGUUUACGAUUUAGAAGGCCCCAUACAGGAGUCUCAAGAAAGUAACUCGACUAUCGCUGACACACAGCUGUGAUUGGUCCGUUGGGAGCUAUCUUAUUAUGUACAUAGGGCUCUAAUAAACAUUAGGAAACAAUAGGCGGGCGUGAUUCAGCAUAACUCUGCAGCAUGUCCGCACGUAGUGUAAUGCAGAUAGACGUAUGCUAGGCGUAUAAUUGCGCUGCGGGUAAACCACUUCCCU